CAGAAGCAGCCGCCGGCAUGGAUGUGUUUCUCAUGAUCCGGCGCCACAAGACCACCACCAUCUUUAUGGACGCCAAGGAGUCGAGCACGGUGUUCGAACUGAAGUGCAUCAUCGAGGGCAUCAUCAAGCGGCCGCCAGAGGAGCAGCGGCUGUACAAGGACGACCAGCUCCUCAAUGAUGGAAAAACUCUGGGUGAAUGUGGCUUCACCAGUCAGACAGCAAGGCCACAGACCCCAGCCACAGUGGGCCUGGCCUUUCGAGCAGAUGACACCGUUGAAGCGCUGCUUAUUGAACCCUUCUCCAGCCCUCGGAGCUUCCAGAUGUGAUGUAGCCACAGGAUUCUGGAGGCAGUGCCAAUGAACAAGCUGUGCAGUGAGGGCCCCAGGCCUACCCCCUAGAAACCCACUCCCCCAUUAAAAAAAGAUUUGGCUGUCUAAAAAAAACAAAAAAAAAACAAAAAAAA